AAGACAGAAGAAGACAUAUGAGGAAGUUUUGCCGCGUUUCUUUGUUUUGGAUCUUCAUGCCCAGUUUUUUUUGACGUUUCGAUACUUCAGAAACCGUUUAUUUCGCUUACGAAUAAUGAGCUUAAUGCAAUUUUAUGAUUCUGUUUUGAUUGAACGCAUAUGAGCUAAUUUAGUAUACAGCGUCUCUGUCGACUAGCUAAUGUAGCUAGUUAACGUUAGUUAGCAACACAGGAGCCUUGAUGUCAGUCGCUCAUAUCAUGGAUAGUGAAAACAAACCCUGCCUGCUGCUCUCCAUUACCGCGCCUAAAUCUGAGGGUCCUGAUUGUAACAGAGUGAACAGCAGGCUCCAGAGAUGGCAUCAGUGAAGCAGGAAGACUGCAGUCAAACACUGGGGCUGAAUGUCAACAUUAAAGAUGAAGUAAAGGAGGAAGAGAUUGAAACAUUUGUGUAUCAUGGGCCGGCUGGAGAGUUCCAAGAAAACACAGAAGAACACAAAGUCUUACUACUCAAAGAUAAAGGGAAAAGAAAACCGAAAGGAAUGGAGAAGGAAACUGAAAAAAAGAGGCACCGAUUCACCCCUGGAGAUGAGGAUCUUAUUAUUUCAGGGGUACUUGGGCACUGGGAGGACCUCUUCGGUGCCCAGGCCCACAUUCGCCCCCGGGGGUCAAAGACGGCAACCUGGAACACCAUCGCUGGGACCUUGACCUCGGCUGUGGCGAGAUGUGGUGACGAUGUCCGGAAGAAGUACAAUCUCAUAAGGAGCCAAAUCAAGCAAAAGGUUUCUUCUAUCCGGACAUUGUCCACCCAGACUGGUGGGGGGCCCAACACCGUGCCGGCGCUGACCGACCUGGAGCAGCAACUUUUCUCCCGAAUGGCAGAGACCGAAGCUGGUGUAGGGCCUGUUCAUUUGGGAUUUGGUCUCUCUCAGGGAGAAAUCUCCAGCUCUGGUCCCCCACCAACAGCAGAGGGAACUGUGGAGUCAGCUUUACCCUCUGUCACCAUGGAGGAGCUACCCUCCACCUCACCAUCAACACCUUGGCCAGCACCAACAGUGCCACCCCAACCCAUCACCUCCCGUCCUGCACCAGCUCACUCUGGCUCUGCUCCCCAACCCAUCACCUCCCGUCCUGCACCAGCUCACUCAAUCCACUCUCAAUCAAUGAAUCAAAUUUAUUUUAUAAAGCCCUUUUUACAUCAACAGUUGUCACAAAGUGCUUUACAGAUACCCAGCCUAAAAUCUCAAAUAGCAAGCAAUGCAGAUGCACUCUCUGGCAUUGCUCCCCAACCCAUCACCUCCUGUCCUGCUCCAGCUCAUUCCAUCCACUCUGGCUUUGCUCCCCAACCCAUCACCUCCUGUCCUGCACCCGCUCACUCCAUCCACUCUGGCUUUGCUCCCCAACCCAUCACCUCCUGUCCUGCACCAGCUCACUCCAUCCACUCUGGCUUUGCUCCCCAACCCAUCACCUCCUGUCCUGCACCAGCUCACUCCAUCCACUCUGGCUUUGCUCCCCAACCCAUCACCUCCUGUCCUGCACCAGCUCACUCCAUCCACUCUGGCUUUGCUCCCCAACCCAUCACCUCCUGUCCUGCACCAGCUCAUUCCAUCCACUCUGGCUUUGCUCCCCAACCCAUCACCUCCUGUCCUGCACCAGCUCAUUCCAUCCACUCUGACUCUACACCCCAACCCAUCACAUCUGGCUGGACACCACAGGGCCCCCAAGCCAAUCUGCUCCAACAAAUCCUGGACACACAAACGCAACAAAUCCAUGUUACACAGACCGCCCAGCACAUCCACCAAGCUCUUUAUGAUUUAUUAGAAAAAGCACAUGAAACACAGAAGGCACACCUGGAUGUGGAGAAGAACCGGCUCCAGCUGGAUAGAGAGCGCUUGAGGGUGGAGACAGAGCGCCUGCAGGUGGAGAGGGAGCGCCUCAAGAUGGAUAAGGAUCGCCUGGGGGAAGGGAAGGCGCUUCGGCAGCUCUCUGGGUCAGUCGCCCUAGAACACCAGACGCCUGUGAGUUCAAGAACUGUCAGUGCCUCCCCCACCAUUCCUCUGGGAACACCAUCAGCCUCCAUGUCCAGUCCCCUCACAUUAAUAUCACCUACUGCACCACACUUUGAUUUCUUAUUUUCCCCAUUACCGGUAAUCACAACCCAGUCCACCCAGCCAUCACAAACCAGCCCUGCCCCAACCUCCCCUACCUUAAAAAUUCCUGCCCCAACCUCUCCUACCUUAACCAGCUCUGCCCCAACCUCCCCUACCUUAACCGUUUCUGCCCACUCUCUCAUCCCUCCAAUCUCCGGAUCUGUUAAACGGCGAGUUCAGGAGACAGUCCGGCCUUGGCCUGCACCCACUGCUAAGAAUACAAAACAUCAAUAAACAAAUAAUGUAAUAAAAUACAAGUUUAUUUUCUUACAGCCUCUUCACGCUUACUACACAUUACUCGCAUGUAAUCGUGCGUACUUGCUACGUAGAGUGGAAGGAUGAUAGGUCCUCCGGAAGUUUAGUUUUCUUCCAGUUCUGUGUAACUGUUCUGUUAGCACGUAGUGAGUCACUCAGUCAUGGAGCAGGAGAGGAGGAUCGGGCUGCCCGGGAGGAAAGGGGACAGUUGGAGUCGAAGGAAGGGAGGAGAGUAGUGUUGAAAAGGCAGUCAAGAGACAGAAGGGAGGAUUUAACAGAAGGAAGAGGAUGGGAUAGAAGAGUAGUGGGAGAGAGCGAAGAUUGCAUCGGUGGUCUCAUUGUGUGAGCUUGGGUGACCUAACACUUCGUGCCUGAGCUGAACAGUCAGAGCGGGUCUCACUGACUUUGAAUGUGAAAUUGCGCCAGCUCAUCCAACCAGAAAAGCGGGCUGUUCUAUCUUGGUAGGGGGUCUGGCCGCUGCCCACUGGUCAGCCAAAUACUCAAUAUAAAUGAUUGACAACAGAACAAUUGUGCAAAAAUUUUUAAAUAAAUACAGGCUCAUGGGCA